UCAAACAAAGUUGCUGCUUCAAGCUACAAUUUACUUUUGAGAAAUUUAUGGAACAAGUGUUUCCACAAAUAUCUUAGGAUGGAACUUGGGUAGGCGACCCGUUGCAUCUCAUGAAGCUUAUGCUUCAAUUAACAAUACUUGCGGUAUGUAUCAGAAAUCGGAUUUUGGAUCUCCUUGUAGUGUCGAAAACUUCAGAUGACAGUUCAAGUGCUCAACGCAAGCAAAAUCAUCUACGACAUCGAAUCUCUAUCAGUUGUUGUCCGGCUAGAGCUUGCACUGAUGACAGCAUUAGCACUCACUCGAAGAAUCUGAUCUUUUCAUGCUCCCGGACUUCAAAUGUCUCCUCUGUUGCUAAACUGCUAAAAAGGAGUCCACAUAUAUUAUGUUCGAGUUAUUAAUGAGAAGAGACAUCCGAUUAGACCUGCAAACACAUACAUUCUCCUCUAAACAACUCGACCCAAUUGGUAUUCAAUCAACAAUGCUAUCUGGCGCCUAUACAUAAUGAUCAGCAAGAUCCUGGUGGACAUAAGUCGUACCAUUCGCUUGUGCAGGUUCCAUGAUGAUUAUGAAGAGGCACCAUCCAUCUUUAUAUCUGCACGGGCAGUUGCUCAUCUGCAACUGAGCUGUCACGUCAUAGUCUCGUGUCCGGUCCCUCACGCGCGUCUUCUCACGGCAAGAACCGGGGGAGGCGAUUUGAUCACGUCAAUCAUCAGCUUGCCUAUCCGAACGAUGGUAAUAGGUAGUUAGACGAACAUGCACCGGUGCAUUUAAGGCCGGACAUCGAGAGGAACAUGGUCACGACGUGCUCAGUGAAUCAUAAUAACGGGCGAGAUAAUCUCAUAAGGAUGAAACAACAGACAUUGUAUGGUCGCAUAAAGGAAGGGAAGAACCAGCGAUGUUGAUAGGGCUAACCUCCCCCCCUCUGAGAUGAGAGAUGGAAUGCAACAAGGAGGAAGCUCUCCGGGCGAAGGAGAUCGCCGAGCAGAAGCUGGCGGCGUCCGACGUCGACGGCGCCCGCAGGUUCGCCGCCAAGGCCCGGAGCCUCUACGCCGGCCUCGACGGCCUCUCCCAGCUGGCGGCCACCCUCGACGUCUACGUCGCCGCCCAGAGGACGAUCGCCGGCGAGGCGGACUGGUACGGGGUCCUCGGCGUCGAUCCCUCCGCCGGCGACGACGCGAUCCGGCGGAGCUACCGGAGGCUCGCGCUGCUCCUCCAUCCCGACAAGAACAAGGCGGUGGGCGCCGAUGGCGCUUUCAAGAUCCUCUCCGAGGCCUGGAGCUUGCUGUCCGAUAAGGCGAAGAGGUUCGCGUACGACCUGAAGCGCAAUUCGAGGGCUUGCAACGGGGCAUUCCCGACGCCGGGCCGUCAGAAUGGAGUCCGCGGUUUUCCAGGUACGCAGCAGAAUUGCAAGGCGGGGGAUUGGAGGAGCGCUUCGACUUCUCCUUAUCAGAAUGCGAAUGGUAGGGAUUGGAGCGGCAGUGCUGCUCACGGGGUUCACGCUUCGGCUUAUCCCCAUCGGGAUUACAGCGCCAGGGACUGGAAGAGUGCUGCCGACGCUAAUUAUGCUUCGGCCUCUCCUCGGAAGUCCUUUUGGACGCAGUGCAGUGCUUGCCGGAUGAAGUACGAAUACCUGAUCCGCUACCUAAAUCAGCAAAUUCUCUGCCCCAGUCCCGGCUGCCGUAAACCCUUCGUGGCCGUCGAGAUUCCACCUCCACCGGUAGAUGGACAUAGGUCAUCUGAUUCACGGGCUUUCUUUGAAGCACAACAACAGUAUCCUUAUAGAAUUAGAAAUCACGGGAAUGCAUCGGUCAGGGGGCAGACUUCUUGCCCCAAUGCAGGUUCAACAAGUUUCCAUGGUACUCAGUUGCCGCCAAAGUUUGCUUCUUCCUUUGGCACAUUACCCAAAUUCGCAAGUGAUAGAAGUGCCCCUGCACCUGCAUCAUAUGCUCCUCAAGCUUCAGGUUUGUUUGAGCCUCUAUUUCGGCACCGGAAGAGAGGCCGUGGAGAGGCAGCAGCUGCGGUCCAAGAGAAGUACGGGGAGAUGAUUCAAAUGUCUAAGAAGGCUCGAAGUGGUUCAGUGAGCUUGUCGGCUGAUGUCAGUUCUCUAGGAACUGAUUGGAUGGAAAAAGGGGAAGUUGAUGAAGGCGGCAUGAAUAAGAAAUUCUCAGAGGGUGCAAGGCAAGCAGCAUUUGCAAGUAGUAGAGGAGUCGUAACAGGAACUACGUCUGGACAUCAAAAGGGACCGCUGGAUCGGGGGAGGUUUAGUUUCAGUUCAAUUAAUCGGUUUAACAGCUCGAGGGAUCUUACUCUGCUAGAAUCGCGAAAUAUGCUGAUACAUAAAGCCAAAAAAGAUAUUUGUAAGAAGCUUGAUGAGUGGAGAGUUGACAAAGAACCUUCAGAUGGACGAAAUUCAUUGCAAGAGGAGGUCAAGGAGAAGUACGGGAAAGUGCAGAAGGCUCCUGCAAGUGGUGCUAAGAUCGCUCCCAUUAAGCAUAGUGAGCCUGUGGAUGGUAAGGACAGAGUUCAGAUGACAAAUUCUUCCCAUGCUAUUUCCAAUGUCGUAUCUGAAGCAUCUGAAGCGGAAAACUUUGUCCCUACGCAAAUGCUCGUUACAGACCCAGAUUUUUAUAAUUUUGACAACGAUCGGACAGAGGAUUCAUUUGCUGAUAAUCAAGUCUGGGCUGCUUAUGAUGACGACGAUGGGAUGCCCCGUUACUACGCUUUGAUCAACACUGUCAUAUCAUUGAAACCAUUCAAGAUGCGCAUAAGUUGGCUUAGUUCCAAAAGUAACCAAGAACUUGGCCCUAUGCGUUGGGUUGGAUCUGGCUUUGCCAAGACCUGUGGGUAUCUGCAAAUAGGGAAAUCUGUUGUCGAUGACUCCCUUAAUGCUUUCUCGCAUAGGAUGAAGUGGACGAAAGGCCCAAGGGGAUUAAUUCAGAUUUAUCCCUUGAAGGGAGAUGUUUGGGCUCUAUAUAGGAACUGGUCUUCUGAUUGGAACGAGUUAACUCCAGAUGAGAUAAUACACAGCUAUGAUAUGGUUGAAGUGAUUGAAGAUUAUAGCGAUGAGCUUGGUGUUACUGUUGCUCCACUCAUCAAAGUUUGUGGCUUCAAGACUGUGUUUCAGAAGCAUCCAGAUCCUAGGAAAUUAUGGACGAUUCCAGGGGAGGAAAUGUUCCGAUUCUCUCAUCAGGUCCCUGCUCACUUGCUUACAGGUCAAGAAGGUGCAAAUGCUCCUAAAGGAUGCUGGGAGCUUGAUCCUGCAUCCACACCUUUGGAACUUCUUCAAGUGGUAACAACUGAUGGCACAGGAAUGGAUGCCAAAGCGGACGACAAUAUGGCCAAUGUUAUGGUGAAGGGGAUGAAAGCCAAGGAAGAAGUGAUGCUGGUGUACGAGCGCAGACUAAGAGGGAAGCGGUCAUGACGCAUUUAGUCAUCUUUUUGCAUGCUUUUGGACCAUUUCAGCUGGUUAGAUUGGACAGAUUGACAUGUAGUUUUGGAGUCGAGGAGAUGGAGGAGGAGAAGGGGAAGCACUGAGACGACAACAAUCUGAACUAAUCCUCUAAGGAGUGUUCUGUUUCUACUAUCUUAUUCAGCAUUGUUCAGAUAGCCAUUUGAUAUCGGUAGUUAGUAGUUAUUCCGCAAAUUCGGCUGGUAACUAUUGGUUGAAGGAAAUUCACGAUUUUGUUCAAGGUCAGAGAUCUUCAGAAGACAAAUUUUCCGCUUUAUAGUAACUUUGAGGAUAGUUUGAUUUCUUUACUAGGAUUAGCUCAUUAGUUGCUUUUCUUGUGAAGAUAUCUGAUUUCCCUUGUGAAUGCUUUCUUAGAGGAACAAGGAUAACAAAGUUGGCCAAAUCUGUAUAAACUGGCUUAACCUUUACUUCUUAACCUUUUUUUUGUAUUCAUGUCGCUGAACUAUAAGAUUCCGAUGUAUAGAUAUUCAUUAUAUAUAUGACAUUUUCCCUUCCUCC